AUGGCGCCGUCGGUGUCGAAGCAGCGGUCCGAGAUUGGAGUUGGGGAGUUUUUGCGGCGGGCGCUAGCCCAGUACCUGCGCCUUCUGCAGCUCUACCCGGUGCUCACCAAGGCGGCCACCAGUGGGUUUUUGUCGGCACUUGGGAACUUCCUGGCCCAGAUGAUUGAGAAUAAGCGGAAAAAAGAAAACUCGCGAGAUUUUGAUGUCAGUGGUCCUAUAAGAUAUGCCAUUUACGGGUUCUUCUUCACAGGGCCGCUGAGUCACUUCUUCUACCUCUUCAUGGAGCGCUGGAUCCCCUCGGACAGCCCCCUGGCAGGCGUCAGGAGGCUCCUUCUGGACCGCCUUGUCUUUGCCCCAGCCUUCCUGUUCUUCUUCUUCUUCGUCAUGAACUUGCUAGAGAGAAAAGACAUGACUGCCUUUUCUGCAAAGAUGAGACAAGGUUUCUGGCCAGCAUUGCAGAUGAACUGGAAAGUCUGGACACCAUUCCAGUUCAUCAACAUCAACUAUGUCCCUGUGCAGUUCCGGGUGCUUUUUGCCAACCUGGUGGCUCUGUUCUGGUACGCCUACCUGGCCUCUCUGGGCAAGUGA